ACAAUUCAGAAGCGCCGACCCGCGUCGCCUUAUCGGGAGCAACGGCAACGGCAGCCUCUCCUCCGCGCCAUCAGGCAGCCAUGGGUCCGGGCGCGUCCACCUCCGCGCAGCCGCUGUCCCGGCUCCUCCUCAGCCUCCCGAAGCCAGGCGCCGCGAAGCACCCCCGCUCCUCCUCCUCCUCCUCCUCUCCUUCGCAGCCUCGCCCGGACGUCGCCGCGGCCAGGAGCCCCGGCCUCGUCCUCCGGCGGCGCGAGGCAGCGGCCGCCCUGCUGUCGACCGCCUUUCUCUCCCGCUUCGCCCUCCCCGCGGCCGCCGCGGACGGCGGGGAGUGCCCGCUGGAGGUGGCGCCGUCCGGGCUCGCCUUCUGCGACCGCGUCGUCGGCACCGGCGCCGCCGCCCAGGAGGGACAGCUCAUCAGGGCGCAUUACACGGGGAGGCUGGAGGACGGCACGGUGUUCGACAGCAGCUACAAGCGCGGGAAGCCGCUCACCUUCCGCGUUGGCGUCGGAGAGGUGAUCAAAGGAUGGGAUCAGGGUAUUGUUGGCGGCGAAGGGAUCCCGCCGAUGCUCGCUGGGGGUAAGCGGACGCUGAAGCUGCCACCGGCGCUGGCCUACGGCGAGAAGGGUGCUGGGUGCAGAGGGUGGGAGCCCACCUCGUGCGUCAUCCCGCCGAACUCCACGCUCCUCUUCGACGUCGAGUACGUCGGCAGAGCCACCGGCUGAGGUCUCCGGAAACUCUGAAAGUCUGAAUGCGCGAGGCCAAGGUUCAGACUGAUCCAUGUGGACAACGAUCGUAGUUGCCCGGGCACUAAGAGGUUUUCUUCUUCUCGUCGUAUGUUUAAGAGAGCUAUAGAUUGCCAGAGACAAGAGUCUAUAUAGUUUUCAAUGUCGUGAAAGGUGUAGAGAAAUGUGCCAAAAGAAGCUACAAAAAUGCUGACCCAGUUC